AUGACGCCCACCACCAGUCUCCGAGUGCUCGCUGUCUCUCUGUUCUCACUCCUUACUGCCCCACUUAGCACUUGUGUGGAGACCUCUGCGGCCCCCUCCUCACUGCUCUUUGACCAGUCACAGAGUAGCAAUGAGUCCAGUUCUACUCUCUUACGCGCCAUCCAGAAGAAUGCCCAACCAGCAGCUCUUCAGGACAGGUCCAAAGCCCCUGAAAGUCCUCCAGAAAGUGCAGAAGAAGUCCUGGAGACCCCUCCCAGGCCGCUGCCCCAAGUCAUGUUUCCCAAGAACGUUACGUCGUCAGAGGCCCUUGCCCCGCCCUUAGGUGCGGCCCAGGUGGCCCCAAGUCGCCCCAGGCUCGUGGAGGUUUGGAUAGAUGUAUGCCGCGGUUACUAUGAUGUAAUGGGACACUAUGAUACUGCUUUUAACUGCACUAAAGACACGUUCAUCUAUUGCUGUGGAACCUGCCACUACCGCUUCUGCUGCCCGGACAACUUACGCCAACUAGAUCAGGACAACUGUAAGAACUACCACUCCCCAGACUGGGCCAAGACGCAGACAGAGACCAUGUUCAUCCCGGAGGAGCUGGGACCCGACCCAGACUUCGACCCUCUGAAGAUGCAGAGCCACAACACUGGCUUCGUCAUCGGAGGAGUGGUGGUGUUCAUGAUCGCUGUCGCUGUGGGCAUCAAGGUGGUCUUCAACAAGGUGCAACAGGAAGCCAUAAACCGAGAUCUCAACAUGCCCAGAGCUCUGGUGGACAUGCUGCGGCACCAGUCGAGCCCUGUGCAGCAGGACGAGAGGAACAAUAGUGUGGCUCUGACUGUGGCUGACGGAACAGGAACUCUGGGACGAACUCAGAAGAACAUGUAUGCCCCUGGACUCCCCAGCAAGGACAACAGACUGGGAAAUUUGCAACACAACUUCAUCCAUCCAUCAAACACCAGCCCCAAACACACUGCAACUAUUGAACGCACCCCUCGGAUGAACAACGCUCAGCUGGCGGCUGGAGGAACCCUUCUUUCCAGCAAACACAACAACACCAAAUCCCAACCGUCCUUCCACCACUCCCUGCACAACCUGGCUCAGCUGCCCCCCUCCUAUGAGAGCGCCACCAAGCCUGAGCUGAACCGCUACUCCUCCCUCAAACGCCUCGAAAAAGGUCUGGACGAGUACUCAUCAGGCUAUUGCACCACCAAGCGCCGUCCGCACACUGCUCAGCCUGCUCUCCAGUCCUCUCAGUAUCAUCUGCACUGGGGUGGAGACUACACCCUCAGCGGCAGAGGAACCCUGCCCAGACACGCUGCCCGGCCCUGGAUUCCACCUCCACCUGUUGGUGUGCCCGCCUCUCCUACUCCCAACCCGUACCCCCUGGAUCCUCCUGAGCCACUGUUCAAUGCUAACUACGAUACUUUGUCCAAACCGAGGAAGGUCAAGUCCUCUGAUCAGCUGCUCAACAUGGGGGAUGUUCCUGGGAACACAGGCACCCUCUCCCGGAUGUCCAAGAACCAGCAGCACCAGUACUACAAGAACAAGAACUCAAACACACAGACCUUAACCCGCAAAACUCAGGAGCGACAGGACAGACAGGACAGGCAAGAAAGGCAAGAAAGACAAGAUAGGCAGGAUAGACAGGACAGACAGGACAGGCAGGACAGACAGGACAGGCAGGACAGACAGGACAGACAAGAUCGUCAGCGUGAGGAGCGGCUGCUCAUGUCCCCAGACCACUUGGAGGAGCGCAUGGGUGUUGGAGGGAUGGGAGUGGUUGACCCGUAUGCCCACCCGCCAAGUGGCGCUGUACCUACUUUGCCUCGUCAACAGAAAGCCCAGUCUCAGCAGAAUGUCUGUGCCACACCUUCCCUGGAUCGACACCACAUGAUCAAGAUGAACUCUCACCCAACCUCUGGGAGGGAGCAGGAGCGGAGUACCCCAAUGCCUGGCCACAUCAGCGGGGGAAUGGGGUGGGCUGGAGAGGCAUCCACCCCAGGUGUAGCCAUGGGAACAGGAACGCUCGGAGGCCACAGCGCCAGAAGGAUGGCUUUUGCGACUAAGAGGCAGAACACCAUAGAGCAGCUCCACUUCAUACCAGGAGGGGGCAGCGGGGGGUCAUCCGGCAGUGGAGGAGGGAGUCAAGGAAUCAGAACUGGCAGCAAAAAUGAGUGUCCUUUGCACGGCCACAGCGGUGCAGAGGAGGUGGUCGCAGCCAGGGGGACCCGCGACCACUCUGCGAGGUAUCCGCGAAAAUGGCUCUGGCUAAAGACUGAAAACAGCACGCAGAAAUGGAGGCUAGCAGCUUCUCAGCCAGAAGAAGGCGUGACAGGCCCCAUCCAUCUGCCACUGAGCUCUGCAGCGAGAUGUGAAGGAUUUCGUGUUUACAUGAGCAUGAGAAGAGCCCAUAUAAACUGUAGCUUGUCUGGCUGCUGUAACUACACCACAGUCACAGUGGAGGAGAUGCAGCAGCCGCAGGCAGAGUCGUCUGGAGCUCUUCUGUCUGGACUUGGUCUGGGACCCCUGCAGGGGUCAAGAGGCUACCACGACGACCACCGUUCUCAAAGUAACCCAUCUCCAUGCUACUCUGGUGCCUCCCCCUGUGGGAGCGGGAUGGCUGGCCCUGCUCUGAGAAAGGCACCCCUGGCACCAACUCUGCAUCCACACACACAGAGCCACCCACAUCACCAUCUGCAGCAACCACCCCACCUGCCUUUGUCUUCUUUACUGGACGACUCUGAAGACGAUGUCACUAGUUCUGUAAAUCAUGCCAUCUCUGCCAUCACUGUUGCUAAUAGUGGUGGAACCAGAGGGGACGAUCGGGGUGACAUUAUCGGGGGUCUUCUUGGAGGUCUUGGUUUAGGUUCUUUGGGUUCAGCCUCUUCAACGACGAUUGAUAACAAAAGCUACAGAGCAGUUGUGGACCAAGAGGCUAUGAGCAGUACACAAGACCCUUCUGCCAAACCUAAACGCCCUCGCAAACCCAGGGCUAAGAGAGACCCCUCAAACAAUGAAGACCCCUCUAAACGUCGACAAUACGGCCAAAGAAUGAGCACCGCUGGACUGCCACGCACCCAUCUCUGUAGUGUCUGUGGUAAAGGCUUUGCACGCCGCGAGACUCUGCGAAGACAUGACCGCAUUCAUACCGGAGAAAAGUCCCAUCACUGCACUGUCUGCGGAAAAUAUUUCAGAGAGGCCUUUCAUUUAAGCAAACAUCAAACUGUUCACUCCGGCGCUAAGAAUUAUAAGUGCAACAUCUGUGGAAAGGAGUUUGGUUAUUCACAGAGCCUUCGUCGGCAUGGUAAACUCCAUCAAAAAGGGGAGAAUGAAGAAGUUCCAGCCACGGCCAACACUGAAAAUCUUAACAGCUUUAACCCAAACCCUCAAUGUAGCGCAGUCCCAGACACGAGUCAAAAUCAAGUCCCAAGUACUUCCUCCUAUUACUCCUAUUCUCAAGACGUCAAGCCCCAAGACACGCACCCCUCAUCACACACUCCGCCCACGCCUCGUCUUUACACCUGUGCGAUAUGCUGGAAGUCCUUCCGGCAUCAUUUCCAUUUGACCGCUCACCACCAGACAGUUCACGGUGCUGGGGGCGAAAAGGUCUUCUCGUGCGAGGUGUGCGGAAAGUCGUUCGCUUACUCCAACAGUCUCACCCUGUUUCUUCAAAGCGCUAAGGCAAGACUCUUCAAAGGAAAUAAGCCAUUCAACAUACUUAUUAGAUUCUUCAGUAAGUUUGCCUCGCCUCUUGAAGUGCUCCAGGUGUUUUAUCUACAAUCCAUCUGUCGGAGGAUGUCCAGGCAUCUCUCACAGCUCCCUUCUCCAGAUCUACCAGCCAGUGCAAGCCCACAGUUUGGAAGUUGUGCUCAGCCUGCAGGAAGUCAACUCAACUCCAUGGCAGGACUCAAGUCCCUCUUGCAACUCCCAAUGAAGCCAGACCAGCGCAUCAAGGCCUCAUGCGACUCAAAAGAUAAAGACCGAUCAUUGGAAAUCGACGUUGACACGUUAUGCACCAUGAGGAGUGGAAAUGGACUUGUUUGUUCUAACAACAGUAAUAAUUGUGGAGGAGGUGGUGGUGGAGGAGGAGGAGGAGGCCAUGGCGGAAAUUUUAACCAGUUCUUGGGGCCUCUUCUGUGGGAUCGCACGCUGCCUGCCGAUGGGGGCCUCUUUCAGCUUCAGUACAUGGACUUGGAGGAGUUUUUGACCGAGAACGGCAUGGGGAGCGGGCACGGCAACAACAACAGUUCCAGUGCUGCUCAGAUACCGUCGCAAAGCCCCCAAUCAGCUGUGCCCAAUCAGAGCUCCCAGUGCCUACCGCCCUCCUCACCACCCUGCUCCACAACAUCCUCAUCGCCUGAAUCUCACUCCUCGUCUUCCCCCUCACUCAUUGGUCUGGAAGUGGCCCAAAGUGUUAAUGGAGGAAGCAACGACUGUUUGCACGGCAGCCAUUCCAGUAUCGGUGAAUCGUGCGAGUCGCCCUCCUCCUCCUCUUCCUCCUCCUGCCCUCCGCUGCUCACUCCGACAGGCAGCGGUCCAGAUGUGAUGGGAAUGUUCGACAUGGAGGGCUCGGAGGUGGACAUGUCAGAAGACCCGAACUACGACCCAAGGAGGCAUUCGUUCAGUGAAGAAGAGCUCAAGCCACAGCCCAUGAUCAAGAAGGCCCGCAAGAUCCUGGUGCCAGACAACUUAAAGGAUGAGAAGUACUGGACCAGGCGAUACAAAAACAACGAGGCAGCGAAGCGUUCUCGAGACGCGCGGCGGCUGAAAGAGAACCAGAUCUCGGUGCGGGCGGCGUACCUGGAGCGGGAAAACGCUGCUCUGCGACAGGAAGUGGCCGAGAUGAGGAAGGAGCUGGGCCGCUGUCGCAACAUCCUCAGCAAAUACGAAAACCGCCUGGCCGAUCAGUGA